UCGGCCUCAACAUGUGCUCACCCACCGACCAGGAGCUGAUCAGCCUGGCCAAAAGUCGCUACGCUUUGAAGGACACGGAUGAAGAGGUGAGGGAGUGCCUGAACAACAACCUGCACCUGCAGGGCAAGUGUGAGAACUCGUCGUCCAUGCGCUGGCAGCUGGCUCUGUAUCGCGCCAUGGCCGGCAGGGCUGAGGAUUCUGACAGCCCUGAGAAAAUCGUGAGACGAGUGCAGGAGGUGUCAGCAGUGCUGUAUCACCUGGAGCAGGUAGGGGGCAGGGGGGGGUCCUGGGGGGGUGUAUAG